AUGGACAAUGAGGAUACUGCUGGCAGCGGCGGUCGGGCACUGCGCAUCGUCGGUGGGGUGGAUGUGCAGAUAGUCGAGCCCGACGGCGAGGCUCCCGUUGAGGGAGGCGCGGUCGGAGAGCUCUGCCUCUCCGGCGCGACUGUUUUUCCUGGUUACGCCGACCCCGAGGAUGACAAAGGCCGAUUCUUGGACAUCGAGGGGAGGCGGUAUUUUCGCACGCGAGACCUCGUCCGCUGGAUCGAGCCCAGACGGUUGCUCGACUACUGCGGCCGUUGCGACGACAUGGCCAAAGUUGGCGGCAAGUGGGUCGACACCCUGACCCUGGAGGCGAGCAUCGCUGCGCUGUCAGGCGUGCUCGAGGCAAAGAUUAUCGCCACGCCUCAGCUCAGGGGCGCGUUCGUCGUGCCUCGGCCCUCCAACGGCACGGACCUGGCUGCUUCGGGGAACGCUGGCCGACCCCUGGCCAUGGCCGAGGCCAUCCGGCGAGAGCUGCCACCGGGCUUUUCCACCUACCUCCUUGCCGCAGAGGCGCUGCCGCGGCACGUCGCCACUGGCAAGGUGAACCGGCAGGCUCUGCUGCGGGCGGUCGGGGAGGUGGACGUGCACGAGGAGCUGUGCGCUCGCCGGGGCCGCGUGGUCUCGCGCUUCAUUCGCGGGUACUCCGUGCUGAUGCGCUUCUGCCACCACGAUCCCCGGCGCCUGAUUUGCCUGGCCUACCUGUGGUAUCUGCUGGAGCACUCCUACGACUGGCAGAGGCUGCAGAGCAUUCUGGCCUGCGGCUUCGAGAAGCGGGGCGGGUCCCGCACCGUGCUGCUGUGCCUGGCGUGGGCCCUGCCGCUGCCGCAGCUGCAGCGCCUGGCGGCGCCGGGGGCCAGGCUGGCACGCCGGGCUGGCGAGGGGCUCGGGUGGGUCGCCGUCUUCGCCGCGACGUUCCCGCACUGGCUGAUGGCGGUGCCCGGCGAGAGCAGUAAGCGAAGGAGCAGGAGCCAACAGGACGUGCCCCUCGCCUGCCAGCGUGCGGUCGGCUCCCUGCAGGGCCUCUUCGCCGCCUGGAAGCGGCGGCCGUGCCCCAGCUGCUCCGGCGCCCACGUGGUCAGCCUCUUCCCCAGCGUGAGCCACUGCUGCGGGAGGUGUGCGCAGACGGGCGGCGUGGAGCACGACGCGCUGUGCUUUCGGAUGCCGCCGAGCGGGAAGCGCCAGUGCGACAACUGCGACUUCGAGGCCACCUGGGACGCGCGGUUCUGCUGCUUCUGCUGCCAGAAGCGGCCGCGCACGCACGGCCGCUACUGCGACAAGGUCCCCUACGCACCAGCUUGCGCCGUCACCACCCGCAGCGACGGCCCCGAGGGCUCGGCGGGAGGCGGCGGCGGCUGGCGCGGGCGCGGGCGCGGGCGGGGCGACGCUGGCGGCCACCAUAGUCGGAGCCCAGCGCGGCCGCGGCCGCCGCGGGCGCGCACGCGGCGGGGAGCGGGGCCAGCUCCUCCCCGGGGCAAGCAGGACGACGCCCUCUCCGACGGCGGCCCUGAGCCCGACGUGCGCGAGGAGGCGGUCGCGGCCCUGGUGUGGCAGGCGUCUGGCGAGGCGCCCGAGGCAGACGGGGACGAGCCGGGCAUCGGCGAGUGGGCGCCUCGGCGCCCUCUGCCGCCGCUGGACUCGCUGCGGGCCCUGCGGCUCCUGGCCGCCGUACGACAGGAGCUGGGGCGCUCCGUGUCGCUCCAGGACCUGGCCGCCUGCCGCUCGCUCGACGACCUGGUGGCGGCCGUGCGGCGCGCGCCCUCCGCCAGCGCGCGGCGGUUCCCGGACCCCGGGGCCGCGGGGUUCCGCCUCUGGACCUUCGGCUGGAACAACUGCCUGCAGUGGCUCUUUCGGGUGAGGCACCCUCUCGACCUCGAGGCCUUCGGCGCCGCCGCCGCGCGGCUGCUUGGCCGCCACCCCGCGCUGCGGCUGCAGAACGACGGGCGCACCGACGUGCACACCGCCUACAGAGAGGCCGGCGUGGUGCUGGAGGUGCUCCGCGCGGCCGCCGGCGCGCCGCCGGCGGCGCGCGCGGUGCCCGCGGCGGCGAGGGCCAUCCGCCUGCUGCAGGAAGCGCUGCAGGUCAGCUGGCCGAGGUGGCGCACGGGGCGGCCCCCGGCCGCCGGUGCCGUGGCUGGGCCGGAGACGAUCCUCAGGAUGGAGUGCCCGCUGGAGAGCCUCGAGGCGACAGCGAAGCCGCUGAAGAAGAAGUUCCGCCCGCCCUUCCAGCUGGCGCUCUUCACGCACCCCGAGGCGGCGUGCGAGGCCGAGGGCGCGGCGCCCUGGGGCCACAUGUGCGUCAUGCUGUCGCACGCGAUAGCGGACGGCACGGCAGUGGAGCCAGUGGUGCAGGAUCUGGCCGCUCUGUACGAGGACGAGUUGGCCGCUGCCAGGAGCCGCGGCGCCAGUGGCGGGCACAGGCCCAUCCGUCUCUGCUUCCUCUCCUGUCGUCUGCCCCACUUCGGCGCGGUCCUCGAGCAGCGCCUGCUGCACACCCUCGCGGGGGACACCUCGCCGGAUGCCAUGUACAUGGACCGCCGCAUGGACUUCCUGGAGCACCACUUCCCAGAGAGCAGGUGCGCGGGCUACUGCCAGACAUUCCACGUGCUGCCCUCGGAGCUCCGGGAGCUGAUGUCCGCGGUCCUGCGGCACGUUCCGGGCUGCCCCGCGGAGCUGGCGCUGCUGUCGCUCCUCGCGAUCUCCUUGGCGCGCCUCGGCGGGGAGCCGCGCGUCAAGCUCACCCUCGUGCACCACGGCCGGGACAGCCCUCCUGGGGCCACGGGCAUCGUGGGAUUCAUGACCGACUUCCGGACGUUCACGGUGCCCACCUCGGAGCUGAUGUCGCUCUUGGGGGUAGUGCACUUCGUCUUCGCCUCCGUGCGGGAGCGCGCCUGGCGCCGCCCCGAGGCCCUGGAGCAGAUCGCCACGCUCGUCAACAUAGUGCCGUCCUCCUUCUCCCCGGCGGGGCCCUUCACCCAGGCUCAGUGGAUGGGCACCAGCUGGGCGGCCAGCCCAGACGGGGCGCUAUCGCAGUGGGGCAUGGGCAGGAGCCUGCGCCGCCCGCUGGAGUUCCAGAUCGAGCAGGUCGACGCGGAGCAGUGGACGGUCAACAUGUACGUGGACGAGGUGCGCUAUCCUGCCGAGGCCGGGCGGCGCUUCCGGGCUUGCUGGGCGCGCGCCCUCCGCGACCUCCGCGAGGACCCUCUGCGCGGCGUGCUGGGCGGCCGCCCCGAGCCGCCGCCGGCCUACCAGCCGGCUGCUGCGCCCCCGCGACCCGGGCGGCGGCGCGGCGGCAUCCGCCGCGUAGCGCCUGCGGCCCCGAGGGCACCGAGGAGGGCAAGGUGCGGCACGAGAAGACCGGCCUGCAGCAGAUCCCUGCCCCAGAGAGUGGUGCCGACCUCGUCUCGAUGCUUGUCUUGA